UUGUUGAUCAGUUAGUCAAAAGGGAGUGUUUUCUGAUAAUUGCCAAUUGAAGAGACCCUUUCCGUCUUAACUGCUGGAGCUUCAACAGUUUCCAAAGUCUCUCCGCUAGACGCAAGAAGUGUCUGCCUCUUUGACUUGGCAGCAUGAAUUCUUCAAAGUUUGAGAUGCCAGUCCUCGGACGUCCGUUCCAACUGGGAAUGCUGUACGACUCCUACAAGGACGCUCCUAUUCAAGGUACCUAUUUUUGGGAUAAAGAUUCAUUAGAGAAAAAUUCACAGAUGCAGCCCCUGAACACCACAGAGUACAAUGUCAUUGAGUCUGAUUCCAUUCAAGGGAAGGUCUCUGCACUGACAUUAGGAUCUCAGCUUAAGGCGAGCCUUCUGAGUGGAUUGACUGAGACUCGAGGGGCUGCCAAUUAUUUUCACGACCGACGGAAAUCUCAAAAACAAACUCGGUUUACUCUACAGUACCGUGCCACAAGUAGAUUACUGCAGCUGCCUCUCCAUGAACUGGUAGCCGGCGCUGUGUCUCACCCCAGUGACAUUGAGAAACACACAGCUACCCAUGUGGUCACUGCCUUGCAGUACGGUGCCGAGGCCUAUUUCGUGUUUGAUCUGGAUACUUCGGAGAAUGAGAACGAGCGGGAUACCAUGCACUCCCUGCUCACGAAGAUACCCUAUCUUUCAAUGGAACAGGAUGCCUUGACCAAACUGACACCAGAUGAAGAAGCCAUAGCUUCGAAGUGCAGCUGCACCCUUUUUGGCGAUUUCUGCUGUCCACGCAAAUUGCUUGGUUUCCAAGAUGUGAUCGACACCUUCAGGAAUCUUCCGAAAGCUCUGGGCCCAAGUGGAGAGCAUGCCUUGCCAGUGAAGGCCUGGUUGUGUCCUUUAUCAGAGCUUGAGCCUAAGGCUGCCCGACUGGUGCAGAACAUCCCUGUUGACUUUAUUGAACAGUAUCAAGAUGUUUUAGAAGAGUUUAACACCAUUGAAAUGAGAUCCGAUGACCUGAUAAAAGACCCGGUUGCCAGACGGUUCCCCGAGAUGCAGAAGAAGGCAGAGCAGCUGAAAUGUGUCUGCCAUCAGUACAAGUCUGCCUUCCAGGAAAAAACAGCCAAACUAUUGAUAGCCUUUCGAGGAGGAAAGCAAGACGAUGCUGCAUUGAUGGACCUUCUGAAAAUGAAUGAAAACUCCCCUUUCUAUGUCAAGAUGAUAUCAAAAUGGCUGGACCACAAAGAACGAGAAACCUCCUUGGUGAGGUCUUUCCUUUCGAAAUUUAAGGGCAUCAAAGUGUUAUCCUCCAUGAAACAGCUGGAUGAUGCUGUACUAGAUCCCGAUGUAGACAGCGUCGUUUGCUUUACAUUUACCCACUUACAUCAGCCUGAACCCUACCUGUCAGAUCUGCAUGAAUAUCUGAGCUCUGAUGCACACAAAAAUGGUCCAUCGACGACCGAGGACCUUCAUAGGUACAAGCCAAGAGAGCCCAAGCAAUGGAUAUGUUCAAAUUCCAUGCAACAGAUGAGAGUCCUGGCCAGGUAUUUCUUGGAGUUAGCAAGCAUCAACGCAAACAGCAAAACAACAAGAUUCUUUGUAGCUUCUAAGUACAUCAAGGACAUGCCUGCAGCAGCUAUCCUUCUCUAUGAAGAUGGACUAUUGGAAAGCACAUAUCUGGAUCCACUACCAACACCAGAUGCUCCAGAAAUUGGUGAGAUCACCCACAGCACUGUAAUCUUAAAAGCAAGAACUCCAGAAAAUAGCCAAAUAGUUAAUAUUGGGAUUGAGUUCAGGGCUAACAGUAGUGACUGCUGGACACAGCCUCAAUUUCCUGAAGGAGAUGGAGAGGUGAUUAUAUCAGACUUACUUCCCUACUAUGAAUAUCAGUUUAGAAGCAUCAUAGAAGGCAAACUAGGAUAUGUUGUAAGGAGCCAAACUAUUAUCAAUGCCACGACACUUCCCACAAGCCCACCUUCAAGUCUUAAGGUAUUGAAGUUAACAACAACUACCAUAACCCUAUCUUGGGAAAACCCAUCGGUUAUUGGAGAAGGUGUAAACCUUAGAGGAUAUAAAAUUGAAUACAAAUUGGAACAAAAAGGCAAUAACAGAGAUAAUCCAGAGGAGUGGACUGAAAAGCUCACAGGGAAAGAAGAAUACCAGUACACGUUGAAGGGACUGAAUCCAAACACAACCUACCUUCUUCGUGUUUCCUGUGAUUGUGGAGAUUAUGCUAAGAGUGCUGCAAGUGAUACUGUCUCCGUCACCACCUUAAUUAAGAAAAUAGCACAGGACAUCAUUGAGAAAAAUCCUCAAAACAUAAUCCACAAUGGGACACCUUGCAUUUAUAAACUUACCUUAAAGAAGGAAGUAAUUGAUCAGUAUGGGUUUUGUCGAAGAUUUACAUUUGGACGUCGGAGUGCACAUCCUAAAAAUAAAACCAUCAUGGUCCUUGGGGCCACAGGUUCAGGAAAGACCACCCUCAUAAAUGGGAUGAUCAACUACAUACUGGGUGUAGACUGGGAAGAUCAUUUCAGAUUCAAGCUGAUUCUUGAGGAGAGCCAAAGAACGCAAGCCGAAAGCCAAACCUCAGAAAUAACUGCAUAUGAAAUCCAUUACCAGAGGGGCUUCAGUGUUCCCUACUCUCUCACCAUUGUGGACACCCCAGGAUUUGGCGACACCAGGGGUAUUGAGCAAGACAGGCAGCUCAUUGAGAGGAUCCGGGAUUUCUUCUGUAACCCAAACGGCGCUACCCACAUCGACGUCGUGUGCUUUGUAGUGCAGGCAGCUCUGGCGCGCCUCACCGCUGUCCAGAAAUACGUCUUUGACUCCAUCCUUUCCAUUUUUGGAAAAGAUAUCCAUGAGAACAUUCAGCUGUUGGUCACCUUUGCUGAUGCUCAGACCCCUCCGGUUUUAGAAGCCAUCAAUGCCUCUGAAGUGCCUUGUGCCAAAAGUAGCAGUGGGAUGCCUGUGCAUUUUAAAUUCAAUAACUCUGCCUUAUUUGCAUGCAACAAGGGAAUGAAUGAGACUGAUGACCAGUCUGCUGAGAACUUUGAUAAGAUGUUUUGGAAAAUGGGCAUCAACAGCAUGAAGAUGUUCUUUGAGGACCUGGAAAGAAUGGAAACAAGGAGUUUGCAGUUGACGAAGGAGGUACUUGAAGAAAGAAAACAGCUAGAGGUAACUGUAGAAGGCCUUCAGCCAAUGAUUAAAGCUGGAUUGCAUAAGCUGGAAGAAAUCCGGCAAACACAACAGGCUCUUCAGCAGCACCAAAAUUGCAUUGAUGCAAACAAGGACUUUGAGUACGAAGUGGAGGUGACGGUCCCAUUUAAACAAGAUAUUUCUGGCAGCUUCAUCACCAAUUGCAAUCGUUGUCACUUCACUUGCCAUUUCCCUUGUAUGAUUGCAGAUGAUGCAAAAAAGUCUUCAUGCUCUGCCAUGGACAAAACUACAGGAACUUGUAAAGUUUGCCCUGGGAAAUGUGAGUGGCAAGUCCACUUUAACCAGAAAUAUCAGUGGGAAUACAAAACAAAGAGAGAAAAAAGAAUGUACAGUACCCUUAAGAAAGAAUAUGAGAAAGCUGUAGGAGAAAAAAUGAACGCUGAAAAGAUACAUGAAAAACUGGAAGAGGAACUUCAAGCUGUGGACUUACAAAUCCUGGACCUUAUUAAAACAUUGAACCAAGGAUUGGCACGACUCAGUGAAAUUGCUCUUCGUCCAAAUCCACUUGCCACUCCAGACUACAUCGACCUCUUGAUAGCUGCUGAAAGAGAAGAAGCUAAAGCAGGGUUCAAGGAACGUAUCAAGUCACUGAUGACAGUGAGGGAGAGCGCAGUCCUUCUCCACAAAGUCUCCACUGGCCAGGAUGUGCGUCCAGAAGAAAUGAGGGCCUAUGAGAAAGGCAAAGCCAGAAAAAAUGUUAAGGGGAUUUUCACCAAUGUAAAAUCAUGGUUGAAGUUUAUGAAGUGAGACAAUGUCAUCAUUCUUUAUUUUUUAUAUUAUAAACCUUUAUAUUCUAGCCGAACACUUCAUUUUAUUUUAAUAAUAUUAAAUAUUAUUAUAAUAUUUAAUAAUAUUAAUAUUAUUAUAAUAUAAUAAUAUUGGACAGUUCUAAAUAUAGCAAACAGCUGUGUAACUGUUGUGGUUCUUUAAGAGUAGAGUGUACGAAGACUGGACAUGAGGAAUACUGUUUUAUUGAGGUGGUAGAAUUACUUCUUAUUUUGGUGGCUCCAGUUAAUGGGAUCUUGUCUGAAACGUUUCUUAUUCUUUUUUAUGUUCCUUAUUCAUUUAUUUUUUAAGACAGUUUGAUAACUCAAACCCAGUCAUACUGUACACUUAAUUUCUUUAAGUUUACAAAGCACAGUGGCAAUACAUUUUAAUAAAAUAAUUUUAACAUUGGCUUUCUGAUUUUUAAGUUGAGUAAUUAUACUAGUAAAAUUGACAGCAUAUAACAGUUUUACAAAAAUCCAGCUGCUAUCCUGUAUUUUUUUAAUGUUUUUUGUAGAGGGUGCUGUAGAAAUUUCUCACACACUUCUGUUACUGUAUAUCUAUAUUUUACAUUUGCUAUGAAUUCGGUAAGAGUUGCAUUUUUUGUUUAUAUUCCUAUUCUUUUGAACUCUCACUUUAUUCUUUUCAUGAUGCUGGGUAUUGUAGGUAUUAAAAGUCCCAAAAAUCUCUUGAGUUUCUUCAUCUUUUUAAAAAUUCAGCAGGACGUGUUUUUUUUCCUCCUAUAAAAAUCUUGAUUGUACAAUGAUAA